GCACGUCUAAAACGAAACAUGUCUAAUAUGUACAAUUUCGAUUCAGUUCCUGCUGAAGGAAACAAAUCGAUUGUAUUUCAGAAUUUGAAAGCAAAGCUAUCAGGCUCACAAGCUGAUUUAGCCGAAGUAUGUCAAUUUCUAAUUCCGGAAUUUAAAAUAGGCACUCUCGAUGCACUUGUCGUUAUUUCUGAUGAGCUUGUAAAAUAUGAUCAGUUUGUUGAGAACGUAGCUUGGAAAAUAGUAGAUGUUCUUCGCAUUCUAUUGAAGGGUGACAUAGAUAAAAUAUGUGCCAAUCUAUUGGUGAACGAUAAAAGUAUUGAUCAGUAUUUGAAAACAUUUCAAUGGGAUAUAAUGAAAUUUAGGGCCGAAAAAUCUCUUCAAGAAAUAGCAGAAAUACUUAAUGAGGAAGUAUCAUCAAUUGAUACGCUGAUGAAAGCAAAGUUAGCACAUUAUAAUCAAGUGAAAGGCAACCUUCAAGCUUUGGAGAAAAAACAAACUGGGAACCUGUCCGUUCGUAACUUGGCAGAUGUUGUUAAAAAAGAACAUUUUGUUUUGGAUUCAGAGUAUCUGGAAACUUUACUUGUUGCAGUUCCAAGGCAU